UGUUUGUUAUUUCUGCUUGAUUAAGUGCUCUGUUUAAGCUCUUUGGAUUUUCUCUGUAGUUGCAGGAGCAUUACGUCAAGUCAGGUUAUGGUUGUGUUUCUGAUGUUAUUAUACUUGUUAUAGAUUGGAUCAUGCACAGGUUAUUUUGUUGGUUUAGUAUUUUCUAGGUUUGUUUUUCUAGUUCUGCUUAGUUUCCAGUUGGUCUGGUUUUCUGGUGUUUCCUGUUCCACGUGUCUGUUUCCCUGACUUCUGUUCUUUUAAAUAAAGAGGUUCUGCAUUUGCAUCCACCUCCAUGGACCCAUAUCAUGACAAACAGAUAUGGUUAAGAAUUUGCCCUGCAUUUUUCUCUUCUCUAACACAGCCGGUUGACACCAGUUCAGUACUUUUAAUUUGCUGAUGAGAUAAAUUAGGUGUGGUGGGAGCAAUGUAUGGUUUUUCAAGACUAGCAAUGAGAAAGAUUGAAAUGUGUUGUAGACUUUUGUCAUUGUGUGAAUCAUCUCUUCUGGAUUUUUUCUAAAUAUCUGAAUCUCUCCAUAGCCUCCUGUUCCCCGUGCCCAAGGCUCUUUAGCAAAUUGCUCAGUGAUAGGAUCUGUGGACAUGUAGAACAUGAUUUGCGUAUACAGUAUAUUGUAGAUUUGGGCGUUCUUCUUAUCAUUCUUAAAGUAUAUAUUUUACUACUGAAUGUUGGUGAGUGUAAGUCCAGUCUGAAUUGCACUGCAGUUAUGUUACUGAAAGUCUCUAACUGACUGAGGAGAUCAGAAAGCAUAGCUCUUUAAAGGUGUGGCUGAUAUCUUACACGUAAAAAUGGAUGUACACUCUGAAUUAUUGCAAAAAUGUUUGACAUGCAUGAAGUCACAUGAGUGGAAAGUCAUGAACUACUAUGUACUUUCAUUACAGUACUUGAGUACAUGGUUUACUGUAACUAUAACGUUUUGUGUAUAAUUAAAUUAUAGUACUUUUACUUUUUUAAAAAUUAUAUAUUUAAUUUUGAUACAUUUUCGAUCAUGGUUACAGAGUAAAAAACAAUUACGCCUUUAACGCAAGAAGACUAUAAGUCAUUUAAAAGACUAAAGCUGUUUCCUACCAAAACGCUAUAUUUCAGGCACCAAAUGUUUAGUCAGCAGCAGCAAUGUCUGAGACAGUGGAGACAGAUGAGCACCCAUGGUCCAAUUUAUCAGAUAUCUUCUGAUUUAAAUGCCAAAAAGUAACAGUUUAUAGUAUGAAUGCUCUGUAUUAAACUUAAGAUGUCACUUUGAUGUUUGGUACUGACAUUUGUCUUAAAUAUAGCUAUGAAACUGCUCAGAAUAAUGUGUAAGAAACAUCUUUGCUACAUGGCUAAAUAUGUAGCUAAAAGCAUGCAUGAAUUAACAUGAGCUAGCCAGCUAACGAACCUAGCGAGUUACUGAAACCCCAACAGCAUCUGGCUAUUAGCUAGCCAGCUAAUGUUACCUUUCUUUAUAUACUGUUGAUAAUUGAAGUUGUAUCCACUUCCGCAUAGCUCACUUGGUUAGUUUUUUAUAAUUGUUUAUAAAUGCAUUCCUCAGAUAUAGACUCGCAUUUUCCAAUUAGCUGUACACAUAAAAAGUAAUUACUCAAGUAGUUUUAUCAUUGCUACUUUUACUUUUAGUGAAUUAUUAUUGCAGUAGCAGCACUUUUACUCAAGUCAGUAUGUUUUCUACUCUUUCCACCAUUAAUAAGUCAGAUGAAAGACCUGCCCCUGUGUUCAUCUUUAAGUGAGAGCUCAUUAUCAUCAGGACUUGUGUGAAUAAUCUUAGUGGUUCAGUUCAACAGAUUAUUUCAAAUCUAUUUCAUCCUAAUCACCACUGAGGUUUCUCAUUUCUGAUGAGACUGAUAUGUAAAAUUAGCUUUAUUUUGAUACUGGAUACUGGGUUAGCACUAGGUCUUUGUUUUCUCUUUCAAACCUCCUGCUUAGACAGAGCCUUAUAAAAACCUCGUUCUAGGUGUAUACUGAAGUCUUGUGCUUUGCAUGAUUGCUGUUCAUUCAAAUUGUUACGCAGUUCCUGACAAAGUUAAGGAAAAUGUGGGCUGUGGUGAUACUGCAACCAGAGAAGAGGAUUGGCUCCAGAUCCACCUCGACCCUGACCAGGAUAAAGAGGUAUAAAGAAGAUAAAGAGGAUAAAGAAGACAAAUCAAUUAUUAGUGUAGGAUAUAGGAACCAGAAACAAAAAUCAGAAUCAAAAUCAGCAUCAAUGUGCUUCAUUAGCAUGACAAGCAUGUUACAUUUUAUAUUGUCAAAUAUUGUAUGACAUCAUAAAAUACUACUAAAUACUACUAGUACUACUAUUCCUCCUCCUCCUCCUCCUACUACUACUAUUAAUAAUAAUAUAGUAGGUAGAACGAUAAGGUUUGAGACGUAGAUAUACUGUGAUACAUCAGACAUCGGAAAUGCAAGAACUUCUGGGCAUAACAUGACACAAUAGCCACUGUUCCAAUGUCCGACGAUGUUUUUCCAAAUGAAAGAAGGCUCACAGAAAGCUGCAGAUAUGAUGAGGCUAACUGCUCUGUGUGGUGUUGUAAUGUUCCAGUCACUGACCAAGUAAUUGAAGAGCGUCAGGGUGGCACAGCGAGUAGCUAAAUGCUACACUGUUAUUAAUAAGUUAUUGUGUCUAAGGUAACUACUUGCACAGUGACUUGUAUGGUAGACGUUCCACAUAAACAGAUUGUGUAAAAGUGUACUUGUUAAUAUGGUGAAGUUUUCUGUGAGAAGACAUUUAUGUAACAUUUUUGGAAGGAGUCUCCAGUGUCAGCACUUUGUAACAGUGAAGUACAAAGUUUUCCAACACAGGAAAGUCUUCAGGAUGGAGAGCUUUGCAGCUUCUCAGUAACAUAACAAGCUGUCUUAUUUGUCUUAAAAAGAGAGAAAAUGACAGGCUGAGGCUGGUGAGGGAAUGGAUGUUUGUUGCUGCUAUAAUGUAAGUGAUAUGUUUCAUGGACCUUCUACAACAGUAACAUAACUAUCAACAGAUACAAUGUAUGACAUAUUUUUAAUUCUUUAAUAAUUAAAAAAUGUUAGCACUGGGGAAUUGCUGUGGGAAAAAACACACAGCACACCACUCCAUCACUGACUAUUUUCCUAUAACAGCACACCCCAUUGUGUUUUUUUUUUCUUACUUAUCCAAUCAUACUAUUGGUAUUGUUAUGUACAGAUACAUUUUAUUGUAUAAUUCAGUGCAGCGCCAUGUCUAUGCAACAGAGUCUCAGAUGAAUGGCAAAUAAAAAGAAAGCUGACAAGACAUUCCACAUUCCAUCAAGUAUAUGCACCAUAUCAGAAGAACCUCAGUUUCAUUUCUGGCAUUCACACUACAUGGUAUAUAACGUAGUAGGUCUUUGGAUCCAGCAACAACAUUAUUGAAAAUGUCAAAGCCUCCUGUUCCAGCGCCCAGAGCUCACCGCCCCAUGCAAGUGGACAUACACUCAAAUGAUAUGCCCAUAAAUCAGUACAAGAAGCCACCACCCGUUCCAGCUAAAGCCUACAAGAAUGUCAGAUCAGUUGGGCAACCUCUACCUGGCAUGGUGCCUCCCUGCUAUAUGCCUGAAUCUGAUGAACAGAGUGGAGGAGAGGAGUUCACUGUGCAGAGGAAUAAUGUACAGGACAGCAUCAGAUCCCUGUCACUGCAGUCUACAAGUCAAACUUUGUUCAAAUCCAGAGUGUCCUCACCUCAACAGACUUUGAAUUCUCAACAUUUAUAUCAGACAAGUGGUUCAGUUUGGGUGCAGAGCUUCACUUGGUGUCAGCAGGACGCAGAGGACAAUGUAAACUUCAUGGGAUGGUGGCAUUCAGGGGAACCCUGGAAUGACUAUCCUGAUGCAAAAAAUGAUGAUGCAAAAGCAUUCACAAAAACAGCCAAAAAUCUAAGAAAAGCUCUUUAUGUAUAUGAAUACCUACUGUUUGAGCGAGGAGAGAAUCUGCAGGGUCACAUUACAGAACUAGAGGAUGUGGCCAAUAGCAUUGACAAGGUCCACAGGGGGGUGAAGAUAGCAGGCAUUACUGGAGGAGCUGCAGGGGCAGUAGGAGUUGCAGCUGCUGUUGGAGGUGUCAUACUUGCCCCAUUGACCAUGGGGGCUUCAUUAGCGGUGGCUGCAGUUGGAGUUGGAGUUGCAGCAGCCGGAGGGGUCACUGGAGCCACAGCUGCCAUCACCAACAAAGUCCACACCAAUAUGGACAGGAAGAAGGUGGAAACAAUACUGAAAGAAUACUCUACACAGAUAGAGGAAAUUCAGAAAUGUUUAAAAUUUAUCAGCACACAUAUAGUGUGUCUGAAAAAAUAUGACCUGUCCAAAUUAAGGGGGGUCAAUCAGAAGGUAGUGAAAAUGGUACAUAAGCUUGGAGACAAUGUAGGAGCAGUCGGAGCAGUCAGCAAGUCCUCAGGUCUGGUUCAAGGCUUCGCCCUGGGCUUGGACAUGUACUUCAGCAAAGAAGACUCCGAGCACCUGAAGAAGGGCUCAGAAGCCAAAUUUGCCAAGCAAAUCCGCGAGGUGGUAAAGCAGAUGCAGGCCAGCCUUGAUGAGCUGAUGAAAUUCAAAACCAGACUACAAAAAAUAACCAUCUAAAUAUAAGAAACAAAUGCAUGAUUUAAGAAGAUACAGACUUGAAACAAGUCAAAUUAUCUACCAGUGCAGUAAGAUAUUUACACUUGGUAAGAUUUCUCGAAAUAAGAAAACAUAUCUAGGCUUUAGAAAAGAACAAAAUGUCUUAAAAUAAGCAUUAAAACACUUAUUCCAAACAGUGUAUUUAGUCUAAUUAACUUAAAACUAGCUUUUUAAUUAGUUUUUAAAUAGUUUGCUUAUCUUAAUUUGUGUGAAAAUAUCUUAAAACCAGAGCUACUAAAUAAGAUAAUUCCUCUUAAUUUAAGAAUUGUCAUCAUUAUAUAUUCUGCCUUAGUAUGAGACAAAGCAUUUAAACUUAAAACAAAACUAUUAAAAUCAAGAUCACACAUACAUAUUGUCAACAAUUAUUUAUUCAAAUGAAGACUCUUGUAAAACACAGUAGUUUCCAUGCAAAAACAAAGCAAAAUCAUUACUUGCUGCUUCUCAAAAUACCAGGCAACAGAGUUUAUAGAUGCUGAAAAGCUCCUCGAUCCGAUGUCAUAUUAUCCAGUCAGUUUCAAAAACAGUGUGUAUGUAUUGACAAAAUAUAAUCUGGAAGAUGUCACUGCACUUAAAACUGGAAAUUAAAAACCAUACUGGAUAAUUGGAAAGAGUGUGGUGACUUAAUACUGCAGAGUCUUAUAAUUUGUUGUUAGGUUGUAAAUAAAUGUGUUGGUGUUGACAUAAAACAAGCAUUUGGAAUAAGUAAUACUAAUGAACAAGUCCUAAGUGUGAUUAUUGAGCAUUUUUUACUGGGCAACCUUAAAACCAGUUAUUACAGGUAAAACAAAGUCUUAAAAGAUACAAGGCUGGCCUCAAAUGAUGCCUGUGAUGGUAAAUAAGCUUAAUUUGCAGGUAAAAUAACUAACUUUAAGCUUUGCUAACUAAGUAAGAAAAAAAGAUAAAUAAUCUUAAAACAAUCAUAAUAAUCUUACAUAAUCUACUCUUGCAUAAUAUUUUAUUCUUAAAAUAAGAUCAAUAAGAUUUUAUGGCUAGAAAUAAGAUUGUAAGUCUUGACUAGAUGAGGAGUUUUUGCAGUGCAUGCUGGGAUCUGAAAACAUAUAGAACACAAUUUGUAUAUAUAUAUUGGAUAUUUGGGUGGCUGGUGGAUUGUUCUAAAUGAGAUUAAUGUCAUAUUUUCAUGUGAAAACCAACUUUCAUUACUUAUCUAAAACUGUUAUAACCAUGUACACUUUUCUUUGCCUGAAAACAUCAUGCAAUUUCUGUAUGUUUACUGUCAUAUCCCUGACUAAUGCUAUGAAGUUUGCUAAUCAAUUAAUCAGAAGUAAAAUAUCAUGUAAAUAAACGUAUUUCCUAUUA